AUGCAAUUUCCAAUGCAAGGUUUGAUCCGCCUUUCCCUCCUUAUUUCCCUGCUUCUUUUUUCCGAUUUUUCUAUCUGUUUCGGACAAGACUACAUCAUCGGCGACGGUGCCGGUACCGUCGGCGGUGGAGGUGGCGGUGGCGGUGCCGGUGCUGGUGCCGGUGAAGCCGACGCGAAGGGGGCAACACCACCGCCGGAGCAGAACAACUGCAAUGGCAUAUUCUUGUCGUACACUUUCGUUUCGCGUGAGAAGGUGUUUCCCCGACUGAAAAACGUGACGGCUCAACCAUGGGCUUUCAGGUCGGAGGCGAUGAUUCUAAACGCCGGAUUGACGGAGCUGAAGGCAUGGAAGAUGUUCAUCGGCUUUCAAAACCACGAGAUCCUGGUGUCGGUCAACGGCGCCGUGGUGAUAGACGGGUCGGAUUUCCCUGUGAUGGUUGGGAAUGGAACCACCUUGGCUGGUUACCCAAUGACGGAUCUGAAAACGUCGAUUGAAACUGCCGGCAAUAUGGAUGAGAUUCAGGUGAACGUGGAGCUGGUCGGAACGAUGUUCGGCAUCAAGCCUCCUGGUUUUCCAAUGCCUAAGACCAUUAACCUUGUUAACGAUGGAUAUAAGUGCCCUGCGCCUCGCCGUCGCGGAAAAAGAACAAUGCAUAUAUGCUGCACAAAGGAUCCAAAAUUCAAGGUGAAAGCACCAGAGAAAACCAAAUUUUUUCCUCGCCAAGAUGGAGAUCUCUCACUAACCUAUGAUGUAAUGCAAGCUUAUGGAAAUAACUAUCUUGCUCAAGUUACAAUCGACAACAACAAUCCCUUGGGCCGUCUGGAUCACUGGAACUUAACAUGGGAAUGGAUGAGAGGAGAGUUCAUUCAUAGCAUGAGAGGAGCAUAUACUUAUACAAGAGAUAUCUCUCAAUGCAUUUACGGUCCGACAGGCCAAUUCUAUCAAGAUUUCGACUUCACCGGAGUCAUGAGUUGUGAUAAGAGGCCAGUGAUCGCAGAUCUCCCGGUGGAACGAAAGGACGAUGACAAGAUCGGAAAGUUGCCAUAUUGUUGUAGGAAUGGAAGUUUGUUACCAACAAUGAUGGAUGAAAGCAAAGCCAGGUCUAUUUUUCAACUACAUGUCUUUAAGCUUCCACCAGACAUGAACAGAACAGCUCUUACUCCACCACAAAAAUGGAAGAUCACCGGCAUUCUCAACCCAAAAUACGUAUGCGGGCCACCGCUCCGAGUCGAUCCGACCGAGUUUCCAGACCCGAGUGGGCUUCAAUCAACAAGUACAGCAGUUGCAAGUUGGCAAGUUGUGUGCAACAUUACAAGGCCAAAGAUGAAACAAUCAAAAUGCUGUGUUUCAUUUUCAGCAUAUUAUAAUGACUCUGUGAUUCCUUGCAAUACUUGUGCAUGUGGGUGUGAAGACAUUGAUACUGAUACUUGCAAUCCAAAUGCAAAGGCAAUGAUGCUACCUCCAGAAGCUCUUUUGGUGCCAUUUCAUAACAGGACAGCCAAGGCAAGAGCUUGGGCUAGAAUCAAGCGCUACCCAAAUCCUAAAAAGUUGCCUUGUCCUGAUAACUGUGGUGUUAGCUUGAAUUGGCAUAUUAACUCAGAUUAUGCCGGUGGAUGGACUGCAAGACUAACACUUUUCAACUGGGAAGAUUACCCAUUUGCGGAUUGGUUCACUGCUGUUCGGUUGGACAAGGCCGGCCGUGGCUAUGAAAACGUUUAUUCCUUCAAUGGCACCCUGCUUCCCAACCUCAAGAACACCAUCUUCCUUCAAGGCUUGCCUGGUUUAACAUACUUGAUGGGGGAGGUCAAUGGGACUCAUCCUGAAGCCGACCCAAGAAUUCCAGGGAAGCAGCAAUCUGUGAUUUCUUUCAACAAGAAGGGCAUUCACGACUUCGACAUACUACUCGGUGACGGUUUCCCGAAUAAGGUUAUUUUCAACGGCGAAGAAUGUUCACUUCCGAGUGAAAUUCCCUUGGCAAGUUCAGGCCAACGCUCCAGCCAUGCUCUUAUGCCAAUCAUCUUCGUCUUAGCCUUUACUUUCAUGCAUAUCACACAUCGCUUACAUUGAUCCGACCAAUCAUGUAGGCCUAAAUGAUACUGGAAGACAGUUUUGAAUACCUGUAGCAGAUGUAUGGUUUAUAGAUAAAAGCUUGAGCUGACGAUGACUACGACGACGUCGUUGGUGACCCAGCAAUCUGUCAAGGGGUCCUCAAUUGGAAGGGACAACAAUCUGCCAUUGAAAAUGGGAGAUUUUCAGGAGUUUUUGUUUUUCUUCUUAUUUUUUUGUACAUAUGAUUUUUUUGAUCCGUUGGGAUUAGGUUGAAAGAAAUUUUAGUGUUUGAGCCAAGUUCAACAAUGAAUGUUCAUCAUUAGUUGUAACUGGACAGUGUCUGUUUGUUUUGUUUUUGUUUAUUUAUAUGUGAGACUUAAUAUUUGUCUCCAGAUUCAAAUAAUAUUUAGUGUUACAAUUUUU